AUGGAAGCGGUGGCGCACCUCGCCCCCCGCGCCGCCUCCGGCGGCGAGAGCACAGCCACCGGGGCGCCCCUGCAGCGAGCGGCCGCUAACGGUUCCCCGCGCCCGACGCGCCCGCCCCUCGCCGCCGCCUGGCACCGCUCCGAGGCGCCCUCGGCCCUCCCACGCCCAUCGCCCGCAUGGCGCUCUGAUAACUACAAACUUAAUAGUGUCCGCUGUACCCAUGGUGUAAACAGGACGGGCUACCUCAUCUGCAGAGGCAAAUUUCUGGAGAUGUGCGAUGAUUUCUUAGCUAGAGUGGAACCACCACUUCGUAGUGUUUUAGAACAAGCCAAGUGAAAGAAAGAAGGUAUUUGUGCAGUGGAGAUAGUUGGUGCAACACGAAUCCCUGCAGUGAAAGAGAAGAUCAGGAAAUUUUUUGGUAAAGAACUUAGUACAACGUUAAGUGCUGAUGAAGCUGUCACUCGAGGCUGUGCAUUACAGUGUGCAAUCUUAUCACCUGCUUUCAAAGUCAGAGAAUUUUCAAUCACUGAUGUGUUACCGUAUCCAAAUCUGAGAUGGAAUUCUCCAGCUGAAGAAGGCUCAAGUGACUGUGAAGUUUUUAAAAAAAAUCGUGCUGCUCCUUUCUCUAAAGUACUCACAUUUUAUAGAAAGGAACCUUUCACUCUUGAGGCAUAUUAUAGCUCUCCUCAGGCUGUGUCCUAUCCAGACCCUGCUAUAGCUCAGUUUUUAGUUCAGAAAGUCACUCCUCAGUCUGAUGGCUCCAGUUCAAAAGUGAAAGUCAAGGUCCGAGUAAAUGUCCAUGGUAUCUUCAGUGUGUCCAGUGCCUCUCUAGUGGAAGUGCACAAGUUUGAGGAAAAUGAGGAGCCGAUGGAAACAGAUCAGAAUGCAAAGGAGGAAGAGAAGAUGCAAGUGGACCAAGAGGAGCCACAUGCUGAAGAGCAGCAGCAGACACAAGAAAAUAAGGCAGAGUCCGAGGAGAUGGAGACCACUCAAGCUGGAUCAAAAGACAAAAAGAUGGACCAACCACCUCAAGCCAAGAAGGCAAAAGUGAAGACCAAUACCAUUGACCUGCCAAUUGAGAAUCAGCUCUUAUGGCAGAUAGACCGAGAGAUGCUCAACCUGUACAUUGAGAAUGAGGGUAAGAUGAUCAUGCAGGAUAAACUGGAGAAGGAGAGGAAUGAUGCUAAGAACGCAGUAGAGGAAUAUGUGUACGAAAUGAGAGACAAGCUUAGUGGAGAAUAUAAUAAGUUUGUGAGCGAAGAUGAUUGUAACAGUUUUACCUUGAAACUAGAAGAUACUGAAAAUUGGUUAUAUGAGGAUGGAGAAGACCAGCCAAAGCAAGUUUAUGUUGAUAAAUUGACUGAAUUAAAAAGUCUAGGUCAGCCUAUUAAGAUGCGAUUCCAGAAAUCUGAAGAAAGACCAAAAUUAUUUGAAGAAGUAGGGAAACUCCAACAGUAUAUGAAAGUAAUCAGCUCUUUUAAAAACAAGGAGGACCAGUAUGACCAUUUGGAUGCUGCUGACAUGACGAAAGUGGAAAAAAGCAUGAAUGAGGCCAUGGAGUGGAUGAAUAACAAGCUGAAUCUGCAGAACAAGCAGAGCCUGACCAUGGAUCCAAUUGUCAAGGCAAGAGAUAUAGAAGCUAAAAUUAAGGAGCUGACAAAUAUCUGUAGCCCUAUAAUUUCAAAGCCAAAACCCAAAGUGGAACCUCCAACAGAGGAGCAAAAAAAUGCAGAGCAGAAUGGACCCGUGGAUGGACAAGGAGACAGCCCAGGCCCUCAGGCUGCGGAGCAGGGUGCAGACACAGCUGUGCCUUCAGAUUUAGACAAGAAGCUUCCUGAAAUGGACAUUGAUUGA